AUGAAGAUCCCUCAGAGUGGCCUUUGGCUGCUCAUCGGCCUCACAGCAGUGAGUGAAGCACGACGAAGCGCCUAUCGACUGCCCCAAAUGCAAGGACGUAGUGCUGGCUCCACCACCGCUGCCGCUGCUGCUGUCCCAGCUGCAGAGAGUGUGGGCUCUGGUCGGGAUUUGCUGAAGAAGUUCAUGCUGUUGCGGGGCAUGUUCCAGCAGCCGCCGAGCGACAAUGUUAUCGUGAUCACGCAGCCCACAUCGACGACCACGACAACAACGGGCACGCCCACGCCCACAACCACCACGACAACGACAACCACAACAACUACGAAUAAUUCCAGAUCCAUGGAUCGUGGCAGACACCGGCACACUGCCACAGCGAAAACAGUCGCCUGCCAAAGCACACAAGAGAAGACCAAGCUAAAGAAGAACUUUCAGGCACAGCAGCAGCAGCAGCAGCAGCAGCACCAACUCCGCUCCAAGAAGGCCCAUCAUCAUCGUCACGUCCGCAAGUCCCAACCCCAGUCCCAGCCCCAGCCCCAGCAGAAGAAGAACAAGUCGAGGACACAGCUCAAGAAGAAGAAGAAGAAGAAUCCUAAGAAUCAGCAGCAGAGGAACUCGAGCUCGGGCAACGAACAGAGGCAGUCGGCAGUCAAUUUCAUUGAGCCCUACCACAAUGAGCACGCCCAGCCCCAAACAUCUCAGUCUGUCGCCGACUCGCGUCUGCAGCGCAUCUGGCGACGCCUCCAGCUGACCAACUGA